AGAGGGCACAAUCUGUCGUGUGAAGACAACAAAAGUGACUUACCAUCCACAACCCUAAACCAACCCCUCUCCUUUCCUAUAUAUCUUGUUCGAGACUUCUCUUUUAUGUGCUUGAUGUUCAAGAUUUCUCGCCGCUUGCUAUCUUCAACAUAAUAUUAUCGCUACCCCUCUCUUCUUCAUCAUUCCCAUGGAGGAUUCUUCAGCUGGUGAAGACACCAGGACUUGUCCCCGUGGCCACUGGAGACCCGCUGAGGAUGAAAAACUUAGACAACUUGUUGAACAAUAUGGUGCCCAAAACUGGAAUUCAAUCGCUGAAAAGCUCCAAGGAAGAUCAGGGAAAAGUUGCAGAUUAAGGUGGUUCAAUCAGCUUGAUCCAAGAAUCAACCGAAGGCCAUUCACGGAAGAGGAAGAAGAGAGGUUACUCGCGGCUCAUCGCAUUCACGGGAACAAGUGGGCACUCAUAGCGAGACUUUUCCCCGGUCGAACCGAUAAUGCUGUGAAGAACCACUGGCACGUUAUAAUGGCGAGAAAACAAAGGGAACAGUCCAAGCUAUGUGGGAAGAGAAGCUUCCAAGACGUUUACAACGAUUCCAACAACACGUUCCUCGAAAAAAGAACAACACCACAAUCUCAUCAUCAAGACAUGUUGUUUAGUACUACGAGAUUUGGGUUAGAGAAUGGAAGAUUCUUUGACUUUCGAAGCCUCGAUAACAAUAAGGAUGAUGAUAAUAAUUAUAGGAUAGUGUCAGAUACUACCUCUAGUACUUCUCUGGCGUCUUGGAAUUUUGCUUCUGUGCCAACCACCACCUCCACCACCACAAAAGGCGCGAGAGACUAUUUCAACACUUCUCGUUCUUCUAGUGUUUAUCUCUCAGAGUGUUCCAGAAGCUCAGAUAGAUCGUUUCUUUACAGAAUUUAUCCAAAUCCCGCAUUCUCUCUUCCCAACUACAAGAGAGUUGUUCCAACAAGUCCUUUUAGAACUUUCCUUGGUUCUUCUGAUCAUCAUGAUGGAAGGAUCAUAAAGAGGGACUUGAUGAGUUUCUGUGAUAAUAAUAAUAAUAACUCAUCAUCCACAUUCAGCAAGUUGAAGGCUUCCACGGAGAAAGAUCAUCAACAACAACAAACAAAUGAAGAUGAGACCAAUGUCGAGCCCAAAGAAGUUCCUUUCAUUGAUUUUCUUGGUGUUGGUGUCUCUUCAUCAUAAUGACGACCAAUCAAAAGGUUUAAUUAUUUAACUUCGUAUGAUACUCAUAUAUAUAUAUAUAUAUAUAUGAUCUGUAGUUUGUUUAGCUUUCUAGUUUUCACUCUUCCAUAUAUUAUGGAUUCUAGCGUUUAGCAAAUAGCAAUUCUAGCUAGUUUAGUUUUGCAGUAAAGGCUAUCGUAAUUAUGAGGCCUUUUCAACGUUUCAUCAGGUUGUGUUUAGAGUGAAAAUUUUCCAACUUUUUUGUUGUUGUUGUUGUUCAUAACUUUAAUUUUAUUUUCUUGUCCCCGUUUGAGGAAUAAAGCUUUGAGUAUUGAUGAUCU